CCCAAACCCAACACACACACACACAACAACACAUCACAUCAUACCAUUGUUGUCUUGCGUCCGUGCUCCCCGGCUUUUGUGGUUGCUUGCUUGCUUGCUUUGCUGCGAGGGUGCUGAGUGGCUUGCGCCCACCUGCAUGUGUUUGUGUGCAUCUGCCGUUCUACCCUGCCGUACGUGCAGAACAAAAACAAACCGUGCCUACCCUUCCUACCACCUCCCAGAUGCCUGCACACGACGGGCCCUGAGCCUACCUACUCCGUACUCCUACUAUACGGUGCUUCUUCCACUCCUCCGUCGGUCGUCCUACCGUCCCCGCCCCCCAGUCUACCCCCCACCCACCCAGUCCUGAGCCCUCGUCCUCGACCUCGACGGCCGGCCUCGACUUCUAGAACUUUGUUCUCUCUUGUUUUGACUUCCCUUUCCCCCCACAUCCCUGUCACCAGCUCGCCCUUGCUGCAGGUGUGUUUUGGGUUGCAUCUUCUCCUUCUUGUGUAUCUCUAAAACUCCAACCCCGUUCCUGGGCCUCGCCUCGCCGAAGAGUCCGUCCCCUCAUUAUCAGGGCCUAUCGUCGCUAUCAUACCGUCGCAUCGCUCCAAAUCGCACCGCAUUGUACCGCGCCGGCACCUGCAACUGCACCACUCGGCGUCGCAGCGCAAUCCCAUUGUUUACUUUGUCUCGGCCCUGAGCCACCGCUCUCGCACACGUCCACGCCGCCACCACCACCGCCCGGCUUGGUGGCUGCAGCUUGGCCUGGUACACCCCACUGGUACUUGUUUUGUUAGCCGUGAGACAGUCAGGCAGUCAGACAGACUGGUCGGUCGCGUAUCCUGCUCGUGGUGUCGGCAGACAACAGAGAGGCUGGAGCUACUGCAGACUGCCGCAUCACAACGCUGCCGUGCCAUUGGACCACCUCGUCUGAGCUUGUUUUUUUUUCUCCCUCUCUUCUUCUUCGUGUUGAGGUCCCCGUUCUCACACCACCGACUUCUCCGGCCUCCGACCGGCCUGCUCCUCGUCUCAUCUUCUCUCAAGCUUCUCCGGGCGCCCCUUCGACCACCUCGACGGCCGUUGCUUGUCGUAUCUGCUCUGAUCCGCGCAAAGUCGGGCGGACCAUGCCACGGGUCCAUUGAGCAACCAUGGUUCGAGUCACCGAUGAGCUGGUCCUGACGCCAGGGAAUGUCACUCUUUACUACGCCUACGACCCUCUGCUGGGGGACCUUCCUUUCUUAAUAUUCCACGGCCCAUCCACCACCGCCAACUACACCCACAACUCCUCGCGAAUCCAGGUCCAUGUCUUCAGUCCCGCUGGUCUUCAGUCCUACCCGCGCAUAACCAUAUCCCCAAAUUCUCCCUUCUACGGCGUGGUCAGCCACCUGCCCCGCGAGUUUCAAGGGGACGAGACAUGGAGGGGCCUGGCCUUUGGUCUCUUCAAGUACUUCACAGAGCUGCCCGAGGCCGUCAAGACUCACCUGAGGAAGCAGUACCCCGGCCCCAAAGGUCAACGGCCCGGCUCCGCCCCGGCCUUGUUCAGCGAACAACAUGCAGCUAAUCUCGCCCAGGAUAUGACAAAGUCCGACAAUACAGGCCAUGUAAUAAGUGCUCUGCAGUCCGCGCUGCAGACCCAACAUAUUAGCAAUGUCGAUAUUGACCUCGUCUUGCCGCCUGGUUCCAUCAUUCCACUCAACAACGCCGAGCUGGAGGAGGUACCCGACGACGAGGAUGAUCUGAUAGACCCCACCCUUCGCCAGUAUGGCAGUUACACGCCAUUGGUCAGGCUGUGGGGAGAGCCUGUGUUCCUGCCAACGUCCAAGCUAAGGAGGGCGCCGUCCAAACCCACCUCACUGAACCGAGGCAAGUCUUUCUCCAGGGACCAGAAGGAAGACCUCCGCAUGAAACUGGUCGAGCUUGUCGAGACAGAAGAGCGCUACGUUGCCAAGUUGAACGAGCUGGUCAAGCACAUCGCUGAUGACUUCCGCCAAACCGCCAAAAGCCGCCCACCUGGCAGCCUCAGCCCGACCGAGGAGGAUGUGGACAAGCUCUUCCCAAAGUCGUCCGACUCCAUCCUGCAGCUCAACACGGCAUUCAUGCAGGAGCUCCGCAGGAUUAUGGACGAGACAGAGGAAGACGCCGCGAAGGAGUUGCAAUCAUCGCAUGGGAGUGUUACCCGGGUCGCAGCCUCGAGGUCAAAGGAUCCCAGCGGAGCUCUUGCCGUUGCCAGGCUCUUCGUCGAAUGGUUUCCCAGGUUCACCGAGAGCUAUCAGGAUUACAUCCGGGCGAGCCAGCACUUCCCGCAGCUUCUGAACAACUUCUUGGACAAGCAGUCCAGUUUCCGACAAAGGGUCUCCCAAAAAGGAGAGCAGACAAUACGGUCCAUCUUGAUCGAGCCUGUGCAGCGACUGCCUCGGUACAGCCUUUUGAUCGAUCAGAUCGUGGGCUGCAUACCCAUAACACAUCCCGCCCUGCAACUUAUGCUCAAGGCCAGGGACAUAAUUACCAACAUUUGCUCCAUGGACGAACCACUGAUAGAUAAACCGCAUGUCACGAACCGCCUCCGAAACAUGGUUGAAAGUUGGCCGCUUGACUUGGAACCACAGGGUCGCCUAGUUACAGCCAUCGAUGUUGCUGAGCUCGCGCCACCUUACAACGUAGACUCGCCGCAACUCGGUACCAACGACAUAGGCGGCAUCCUCCUUCUUUUCUCCGAUUGCGUCGCCCUGGUCACCAAGACGUCUACUUCCAGCCCGACCGGGAAAGAGCUCAUCCGAGAGAUCGACAAGCCAUCCGCGGCUGGGCUCCUCGCGUCGAUGACUAAUGCAGCUGGUGGUCAAGGGUCCUACGAGCUCGCGUUCACGGGAUGGCACAGUCUCGCCGAUGUUCGGUUUACAGAGUCAGAGAACGGUCGGUUAUUGUGGAUGACAUCCACCCAGGAGAUGAAGGCAGCCCAAUCCGGCGAGGGGGCGAGCAGGGCAAUAACGUCGCGUUGUUUCAUGCUACAUGAGAACUUCGAGGGCAAGGCUGGGAAGCUGAGCGAAGAAAUCGUCAAAGCACGUAUCGAAGGUCGCUUCUCAGAAACAGAACGUGAGACUCCUGUCUGGACGCUCCGGUCUGUAAGGCUGCCCGAGAAUAAUCUCGGCAUGCAUGCCGCAGUCUUUCAGGAGGCUGCAGACCAGCUCGUUGAGGGCCGUAGGGAACCUGCUCCUAUUCGAAUCGUGGUCGACAACGAGAAGGGCACUAAGGGGCAUCCAGUCGGGCACUAUGGAGUCGAAAUCGUGACCGAGGUCCGGAGUGGGAGCCUAAAACGCCUGCGCAUGACUACUCUGGGCCUGAAUGGCAAGCAGUACACUGAUGAUGUUGCCCUGGAAGACCUGUUGCCCACUCUCUCCAGACGCUUCAUCCAAUUGCUCAGCACCCAGUUCAACACCUCCAAUUACCGGAUGGCCCCGGCCAUAGUGUCCUACUAUUCCAAGAUCGCGAGGACUCUGAGCUUUAGCUCGAGAGAGCAAAAGUCGAUGUCUUUCCUGCGCUCCUCUCCCGUCAAGAUGCUUUCAAGUUUCCUCAGCGGUAGCACACCUGAUGUUACUUCGACAAGCCCACCCAAACAACAGCGUGCCGGCCUGCUCAGCCCGCCGCCACUGAUCGCACGAGCGGGCAGCUCCAAAGAAUCUCUUGUCGACUCGAUAAGAAGCCGCGGCAGCCGGGACACUAUUGGUGUUGCUGGCGAAGAUGAUCGGCCUGACAACCCUUUGGUGCGACUAGAACAGACGUUCACUGGAUAUGUCGCCGUGCUACAAUCGCGUAAAGGUCAAUUCAUUGGACGGUUGAUGAUGAACCGUUCAACGGCCGACGAGCUGGUCGUCAAUGAUCUGUAUAACCGUUUGAUCGAGAGUCCCUUCGACUUGGAGUCGUCUUCCGAGGUCAGUUCCGAAACUGUCUUUGUGGCCUUUGAGAAGUUUGUGCGCAUUGCAUGGCAAGAACAGAUGGGUCCUGUCAUGUCCCCCCAGCAUUUGAACUUGCUUCUAGAACGAGCAAGCAAGCAAGUUCCAGGCGAAUUUGGAGAUUUCGUCCGCUAUCUCUUCAAUGAGAUGGCGCCGCAGAACCGAAGGGCCUUUACCGCACUGAUCAAGCUACUUGAGGACUUGCUCGAAGGUUGUAGCAACGACAGCGACCGUGGCGCCCUGACUGUCGCAUUCGCGGAGCUCCUCGUGGACGAUGGCAGCGCCCAUAACUACAUAAAUCUUCUCGACCGCCUCGUGGAGGACUGUGACCGAAUCUUCGAGGAUCCCCUGGCCGCACUCGCCAGCUCCUUUGAGCGCACAAUGGCUUACGAAUCUAUGAAUUCGCCAUACCACAGCUACAAGUCUGCUGGCUCCUUAACGUCGAACACAUCUUCUCUCAGACGCAAGUUUGGCUUUGACAAUCUCCUCAGGCAGAACAGCAAGAACGAUGGAGGGGACCGCCCUUCAGUGUGGCGGACCCUGAGCAAGCAUGGGAGACACCCAGCGACAGGGGACAGCUCGAGCCUUGGCAGGUCUGCAGUCAACCGGUCGAAGUCAAUCGAUAUCGGUGUGCCCACAAUACCCAACAAGCUCAGACGGCCAGGUUCACGCGAUAGGCCCCGUGUUGCUGGUGCGUUUGAUGACAUGCAUGUACGGCCACCAAAUACACAUCGCCCAGGAAGUUCACACCGCCUUGACUCCGGCUUGGCAACGAUAGGAGAACCAGAGACCGAGCAAGGGCUUCUGGAGCCGCCGAAGUCUCCCAAGAAGAAGCGAAGAAGCUCGCUCUCGGACCUCAAGAACCUGAUUGAGAUGACCACUACUGAGGCUCCUCAGGCUCCUCCAGCUCCCCCAGCUCCCCAAGCUCCUCCAGCUCCUCAAGCUCCUCAAGCCCCUGAACCUCCUGAAGAACCGCCACUCAUGCCGCUGAAUGUGACCAAGAAGACUUCCGAAAAGGUCAACGGGGCGCCGCCUCGCAUUCCAGUGCCGUUGUCUAAGAUACCGACGAGCCCGACCAAACCGAAGCCAGCACAAAAGUCAAGCCCAAGACCAAGUCCACCACCCUCGAGCAAAAUACCCGUUACCCCCACAUCCCAAAGCCUGCGUUCGCCACGGCAGCGAGAGCUCCCCGCCACGGAACCAUUCCAAAGCAUGUUCUCAACUCCUCAACCUCCGUCGACGGGGUCUUUGCUGCGUAGGAAGCACGCAAAGACGCUGUCCUCCUCCACCAUCCCAUCACUCAAACCUUCCCGUCUACCCAUGGCUGGCGCAUUUAGUCCGACAGGCAGCAACGACUUCUCUCGCUCGACCCCUACCGUGGGCCGGUCCACGACCCAGAGGCUGAAACUGCAGUCCCCGCAGAAGCUCAGGGAACGCCUGGAGUCGGAGAAGAAGGCGAUAGAGGACGUUGACUCGGGCCUGAAGACGGAGCUGUCGCGCAUAUCGGCCGACAUGGCCCGGGUGAACAACACGAUGCCGCGCUCGGCCACGGGCGACAUCCGCAAGCUGUCGGCGUCUAUGAAAGCGCUGGACGAGCGGAUACCGCAGGUGCUGCAGGAGCUGGAGGAGCGGCAGAGGGCGAUCAGGGAGGACAUGGAGGCGUCGCUCAAGGCCAGCGAGGCCAAGGUCAAGGCGAUCGACCAGCUGUACAAGGAGGCGACGGCGGAGAACGAGCUGCUGUACGAGAAGUUCAACUCCGAGCUCAACAAGAUCGUCAAGGCCAUCCGGGGCAAGGGCCGCGAGGACAGGGAGGAGCUCGUGACCAAGCUCAAGGACUCGAGCGAGGAGACGGCCUACGUCAAGAAGGAGAACGCCAGGCUCAGGAGGGAGAUUGUCAGCCUCCGCUCGCUGCUCAAGGGCGGCGCCGGGGGCAGGGAUGACUGA